AUGACUGACGCUGGCAAUUCUUUGAAGCAUCUUUCAGAAGAAUGGUCAACACUGAUUAUCAGUCGCGCCAUCUUCACAUCAAAAUUACCUCCAGAACAAUUAAAACAACGCGUUGUCAAACUAGAUCAUGAUAAUACUAAAGGAAAGCAUGUUAGCCUUCCUAUUCAAGAAGCUUAUGAUCUAACCCAGAAAUAUGACGCUAAUCAAGUUGCUAUGAUGUUUGACUCAUUACAAACAGAGUUAAUGUUCUUCCAUCAAAGUACAGAGUUCCCAGCACUCUUUACAAGAAUGAUUCAAAUCAUUCACGAGAUCUUCCAGCUUAGCUUUGACCAAACAAAUCCAAAAGAAAAGGUUAAAUCUCUUCACACCGAUCAAAUCAUCAACGAAGAGGUUUUAACUGAUCACGAUAAACUGCAGAUCGAAGUCUUCCAAUUCCUAUCUACAAUUCUGUCCCGCGCAGCCAAUUGCCCAUCCGUUGACUUUGGAAAAAUUGAUCCCAGUAUUAUUUCGCAAGUCUUCUUCUUUAUGAACCACGACCAUCCAAAUGCUGUUCGUGCUAGUGGUGGCGAUAUCCUUUCUGCCUUGUCUUCAGCUCCAAAGUCUUGUGAAGCAAUUUGCACAACAUUUUGGAAGCAAUUCAACUCCUGCAAGAAGGACGAUGACUUCAGAAACUUCGCUUCAUGGAUUGAUGGCGUUGUUAAUAUCAAAAUGAACUUUAAUUCUCCACAAAUGACAGUUUUGACACUUUCUUUCAUCAAAGCUUUCAUUCAACACUCAAAGAAAAUCGAACGUGGUGUCUUACGUAUGAAAUUCCUCGACGUACUUUUCCAAAUUAUUAAGAGAGUUUGCGAAUCUUCAUCUGCCGAAGCCAACAGCGAUUUCGUUGGCUCUCUUGAUGUUGUUUGGGAUGUUGUUGAGAAAUGGUCAUCGAAAUCUAAGCAUACAUCUUUCUGCUACGUUUUCUUACAAAAAAUUUUGGCAAAUACUUUUCCAAAGUUCUUUACAAAGGGCCAUGGCAUGCAUUUCUGCGAGAUCCUUUGCAAGUAUGCCAAAGGCGGUGAUGUUGAGAUGUUAGCUCUCAUUGCCAAGUUCAUAAAUGAAUCACCAAGAGAAUUUACGGUUUCUAUGAUCGACGACUUUACCAAGAUGAUCAACAACCACAUAUUCCCGAUCCUUUUCUCCGGAACAGACAAGAAACGCUCUCCACGCUUCAAAGAUGAUCAACAAUGCGUCCAAGUUGUCAAUAUCCUCACAGAAAUCGGCUUAAAGUCAACAAUCUGCAUUGUAGAUCUUGCAAAGGUCACUCUUACAGCCGAAAAACCCAAUGACGACCAUAAACGUGUCAGAUUAAUUUUAAUUGAAGUUCUUGCCAACCUUUGUGAGCGUAAUCCUAAGUCAAUCACACCAUCCAAUGACCAGUUAUUCCCACCCAUUGAAUCUAUUCUCCUUCAAACAGCUUCAGGACUUCCAGAAGAGAUUCCUUUCGCUAUAAGAACAUUCCCAUUGAUUCAUUCGAGAAAUGACACGAAACUUGCGCAGAUUUCUCAAAUUUUGUUUGAUACAAUCAACCAACAGAAUCUUUCUUAUUCCGAAUCAGCCUUGAAAUCUCUUAAAUCAUUUAUAGUUGAGCUUGUUACUCUUGGCUCGAACACGAUGUUACCAUUGAACUAUUUAGACAAAUUAUUUGAUAACAUCCAUUCAUUACCAGAGUCAGAUUUAUCACGUCGUUUAUAUUUGAUCAAUGAAAUUUCAUCCGCAUUAGUUGAAUCUCUUUCUAACCAAACUAGUCAGUUCCAACAAGUCAAGUCAUCUAAUUCAGCAAUGACAUGCAAUGAUUGGAACAACUUCCGUCUUAAGUUAGACAAAACAUUGCUUCCAUUCAUUCUUUCAGUGAACAAUGAUAUUUCAACAACAUCUAUUUCUAUUGAAAAAAUCUUUGAUACGAAAGAUCUUUCACAACUUGAUGAAGUUUGUUCACCAAACAAACCAUUCUACAUCUCAAACUGGUUAUCACAAAUUCCAGAGAACGAAAACAUUCUAUCACACACAGAACUUUUGAUAUCUAAUAACAAAGAUACAUCAAAUGUUUAUUUCGAAAGUGUUUUAGAAUUCUGGCGUAAUUACAAGAAGAAAAUUGGUCAAGAAAAGUGCCAAAAAGUUGUUUCAUUUAUUUCAUCAAUUGCUCGUCAACAGACACCAUCAUUGAAAGUAUUCUUUGAAGAACUAUUUAAACUUUACAAAGAAGAUUCCACAUCACAAGAUGUUUCACAUUCAUUGUCAUUGUUACAUCCAUCACUUUGGGUUCAAUUUAUUUCAGACUUAAAUCAAUGGAUGGGAACUAAUGGUUUAACUAUUCAGAAUUUCUGGCCACAGUAUGUUGGUGUUUUCUAUUCAUUUGCUACAACAAAUUCAUUCGAGAAAGAGAUCGUCAAUCAACAGAAAUUGACAGAAACAUAUGAACGAUUUUUGAUCACAUUUUGGAAACAAAACAAAAUUGUUAAUAACGAAUCAUACAUUUUAACAGAGAAAUGCUUCAAAGUCUUACAAUUAUUUGUUGAAUAUUCCAAAGAUAAGACAUCACAGAUCAUUGAUUCCACGGCAGAGACAUUCACAUCAUUCAUCAAUCAAAUCGAAAACAUGUUAGAUAUUGUUAAUGCAAUCAAUUUCCCAGUUACAUAUCCAGAAACAUUUUUAAGUUGCAUGACAACAGUUUUCACAUAUUUAGUGUUCCCUACUGAAUACUUGUUCAAGAGUUUCGCGGACUGGCUUAUUGUUUUCGGUGUUUUCUUCAAAGAGAACCAACAAAUCUCUAUUUUAAUGGCACAACUCAUGACAAUUAUUCUUAAAAACAAUAAUUGUCUUUUGCGUCAAAUAUUUAGAUGCACAUUUUGUGAAUGUGAUUCAGUUUCCGCUCCAUUUAUUUUGAGCAUUGCAAACAACUUCAAAGAGAAUGAUAAAUUCCUUUCUGAGUACGACAACGCAGCCGCAGUUAUCUUAAGUACAAUUAUUUUGCACAUUAACUCAGACAUUUUAGUUUGUCGCCAAGCAGCACUUAAAUUGAUGUGUUUGACAUUUUCUCGUCCAUCGGAAAUCUACACACAAGAUAUUCCUGUUCAACUUACUAUGUCAGUUACAUCAGAGAGUGCAGCAGGUUUCUAUUACCAAGCACAUCAUUUUUAUGAUUAUUGCUGCAAAUCAGUUUCAUCCAAUUUAGCAUUUUCUGUUUUCGAAAUCUUUUCAAGAGAUUUUAGUUUAGUUCUUUCUGAGCAUUCCAAACUUAUUUCAAGUCUGAUUUACUUCAUUCCAUUAGUUGUUUCAGAGCACACAUUGAGUGAAGUUGUUCCAAUUUUGUUGAGUUUGACAACAGGAUCACGUAUUGAAGAACAAACAACAGCUAUGUCUAUCCAUGAAAUUUGGUCAAGUUUCUUUUCAUCAUUCAAAGAACAUUAUUCCACACAAGUCAAUGAACUCAUUCAUUUGAUCUUUGAUUUCGGUGUUUCACAAGAAAACGUCAUGUCUAAAGAAUCGAAUGUUUCAGUUUUGAUCUUAGUUGAUGAAUUCUCAAUCUUCCCAAGUGAAACAGCUAAAUUCUUAGUUUCAUUCCUUUGCAAAUACGACAGACAUGUUCCUGACGACAUCAAUGAAUUUGGCGAAUAUCUUUCUAAUGCAGACAUCGACUUCUAUGUUUCUAAUGAAGAAGUCAUCGCAUGUAAUGCAAUUUCACAGAUUUUGUUCUUAGUUGAAUCACGUGAACAAUUCAACGAAUUAUUCCUUGAUAAACUCCCCGUAUUGACAUAUUACGGUGUUAUCAUGUAUCAUAUUGAUAAAUUCCGUAUUGGUCUCUUCCAUCCACUUCUUGAUUCUCUUCUUGACGCAGUUUUGUUCCGCCACGCCGAUUCUAACGAGAUCUUCACAAAGAACAUUGAGCGGUUGGCAACAUCUAAUUUGAUGAAGCGAACAACAUCAUUGGAUGUUCAAUACCAAAUCUUGACCGAUAUUCCAACUAAAACUAUGUUGUGUUAUGACUCCGUUGCUAUCGAUGUUCUCAGUGAUCUUUUGUGCCAAAGUGAUGAAGACUUCAAGCGUAAGUUCUUCGACAUUGCUAUUGGCAACGCAUUCCAAGUUUUACCAAACGAACGUGCCAUGGAACCAUUCUUACUUUUGAUGGGCUUGAAUAAGAUGUUCAGCACCAAAUUUGUUUUCCAAAUCUUGUUGUAUACAUUGUACGCGUUUAAGACUAGCCGUGUUGAGUUAAUGGACUCUAUCAUUGACUUAGUUAACCAGCGUUUGUUGACCGAUUUAGCAGAAGAUGUUUUUUGUCAAGAAGCAUUACCAGUCAUCAUUGUUUUCAUCUUGAGUCUUAGUUUAGAUUUCCGUCGUUCAUUCUCUAUCCAUUUGAUGAAGAUCAUUUCAGACAUCUCGGAGAAAGUUUGCGGCAUGUCAUGUGCACACGAGAUCUCCAAGGGCUUGAUCGAUUUCAUGCGUAACUUCAAUGGUGAUGAAUACAUUGCAUCAUUAUUCGAACGAUUCAUUGAAGAUGUCAACACAUUCAAUGAUUCAUCAGUGAGUGACAUCAUUCGAUCAUUGUAUCAGUUGUCUAAACUCAUUGGUGCAUCUACAACAUACUACAACUGGUGUGCAUUGUUUGGUUUGGCCAUCGACGGCACACGAUACUUCCUUUCAGUCCAAUCUCCACAUGUCGUUGAACCGAUCAUUAAAAUGGACGAUUUAUCAUUCGAAUCCAUCGAAACAUUUGUCACAUUCAUUGUUGACAACUUCGAAACAGAACGUAUGCGUAUCUUCUUUUCAAGUUUCUAUCUCUCAUUAGUCAAGUUAUUCAAGGCCAGUGACAACGGCAUCGACACCGUUUCUAUGCAGAUCAUUGACCAAUUCUUCAGGAAAUCUAACAUCAAACUUAACCAGAACUUGACAGACACAUUCAGUAAAAUCAUAUUCAUGAUCAGUUUGUCAUGUGACGAAACAGGACGAACAGCAUCAUCAUCUGCAUUGAACUACAUCAUCUCUAAUUUGAGUACUAAACUGGACCAAUCAUCUCUUUGUCUUCCAAUCAUUCAACCUAAAUUCAUCAGUGUCAAGCGCAAACUGUUUAACACAUAUCUCCAAGUUGACAAGAACAUCGUUGAUCCACAACUUCUUCCAUCACUGAAGCUUUUCAGCUUCUCAGGAAUGGAGAUGAACGCUAUUGUUGAUACAUUGUGGCAGUUCUUGUCAUCUAAGAUCUCACCUAGCGGCGAACGUGUUCCAAUGCCAAACUUCAAGAACGCACAAGAAUUAGCCGAAGAAGCACAAUUGAUCAAGACAGCACGCCGUCGAUCUAGUUCUACUGGCUCAGUGAAAGAAACACCACCUUCAUCUCCUUCUCCAUCUCCUUCCCCAGUUGUUUCUACAUUUGAAGAACCAGAAAAUCCAGAAUCACCAAAGAAUGAAGAAGAAAAACAAGAAGAAAAAGAAUCAAAAGCUGAUGAAGAUAAGAAAGAAGAAGAAAAUCAAGAAGAGGAAGAAAUAAAAGAAAAUACUCCCAAUGAAGAAUAA